AUGCCACAGAAGGCUCUGAUCCAUGAUGUUGUGACCCGAUGGGGAUCUACACACAAGAUGCUUGAGCGUUUCCUCAGACAACAGCAGCCAUUUACAGAUGCACUUGCCUCAGAGACCCGAGUGACAUUGUCAGCCAUCAAGCCUGUCCUGGACCACAUCACCCGUGAUGUUCUGGUGGAAAAGGAUACGGAGCCAAUUCCCAUUAGGAGUCUGGACUAUAAGCCAGAGGAUGACCCCACUAAAUUUAAGUCAGGGAAGACUGGCCGAGGCCCUCUGGGACCAGAUUGGAAGAAGGAGCUCCCUAAGAAGACAGACUGCCCACACAUGUGUGCCUACAAACUGGUGACAGUCAAGUUCAAGUGGUGGGGCCUGCAGAACAAAGUGGAGAACUUCAUCCAGAAGCAAGAGAAGCGUCUGUUCACCAACUUCCACCGUCAGCUGUUCUGCUGGAUCGACAAGUGGAUCGAACUCACCAUGGAGGACAUCCGUCGCAUGGAGGACGACACACGCAAAGAACUGGACGAGCUGCCAAACUAACCCUGAUUCAGAUGACCAUCCUACCAUGCUAGAUUAUGGAGACGUAAUUUAUAGAUCGGCAGGUAAGGGUG